UAUCACAGGAGAACAAAAUUAUGUCCCGUAAUUUUUCUAAACUUACCAAGUCAAGACAUAUAGUAAAACAUACAGGGUCAGAUGGAAGUAAAUCUGUGCUGAAGGAUGCUGUUUUACAAUUAGUGACAUACCAUCAAGAUGUGAAAGUCAUUUUGUCAGAGGCUAGUAGUAUUAGUAUUACAAAGGCAGACAAAAUCCAAGGUGAAGAAGAUAAAAAUAUUGCAGCCAGCAUUUUAAAAGAAUGUGUACAAAACAGUACAAGUAGUUCUACAGUUCUGCAGACUGCUGAAACAUGUGCUACAGAACUUCUGAAACUGGUAAACAGUAUGAAAAGUAAACAAAGGGAAGAUAAUGCUAGCAUAAUGGAGUCUAUAGAGAUGUAUAUCACUGUGGUAAAAGAACUGAUGAAAGGACAAUAUUUUAACAGACCAAGAUUUCUGAAUAUAUUAUGUAAUGAGAUUUGUUUACCAGUUCCAAUAGUGAAUAUAUUACAUGAAGAAAACAUUAUUUCUGUGGCUUCAUAUCUUCGAUUCAAACAGACAGAUUCCAAAUUCAUUUCUGCUUUUGCAGAAGAAAUUCUGAACUCUGGAGAGACUAAAAGAGAAAGAAAACAUUUUAAUGGUGUCUUAAGUAUGGUAGUAAACUAUAGUUUUCCAGAAAAGUCAGAAACAGAUCAUUCUGUGAAAAAGGUCUGUACAGCAGUUUUAAAACAGACAAUAUGCAAACAUCUAGACAACAUGAAAAAUGACAAAAAUUCACCUCUUAUUUUAUUGGUUCCAUAUGAUCUCAUGGUUUGCUCAGAAGUAUCGUUGAAGAAAUAUGGAUGUUUCUUAUUACAACAGAUUUUUACCUACAAUCCCACUAUUUCUGUUGCUGAAUCAUUUUACCUUCAGAAGAAUUGGAAAUUUGCCAAACUACCAGUGCAGUUUACCGAGUUGUGUAAAGAGAUUCUAUUGCUUUUGGAUAUAGUAGAUGUGUUGGAGAUGCUGAAGCAGACAUUAGAUUCAUCAGACGUAAAUUGGUAUCAUUACUGUGCAUUCUGGUCUGUAUUCAUUAUCUGUACCCCGAAGUCAAGAAGUCUUACUGAAGAUGUCUUGCUUGAACUAUUGAAGAUAGCCUUUGAAGAAUCCAGGUCAGACCAUAUUUUGAAAGUAUUUUUGAUUAGUCGGCAAUGUUGUUAUGAAGGAUCAAAUGUCUUUCAGUCAUAUCAAGACUGGUUUCUGAAUUUGUUUGGUGACAGCCAAAGGUCCAUAGCAAAUUCAAAGAAGACAUUUACAUGCUUGAUGAAGGUGUUGACAGAUCUGGUACCAUAUGAUCAGCCAUCUUGUUUAAAGGUUCAUAUUUUGAGACCACCAUUUAUACCUUCAAAGUGUAAAGAGCUACUAUCAGAUUACAUUGUCCUUGGAAAGACUAGAUUAGCUGAUCUGAAGGAACCAUUAGAACAAGUUGGAAUGUUUGACACAACAAGUGGAUCAUCUUCUUCAAAGAAUCAGAUAGAAGAAGAUGUUCAGAAAGCAUUGGCAGGAUUUGAAACCAAUAACAAAAUGCCAUCAGCAGUGAUGGAAGCCAGCAUUUUUAGGAAGUCCUACUUUAUUGGAAAAUUUAUUCCUGCAUUAUUGAAACCAAGACCACUACCAGAUAUUCCAGAUGCCAGAAUGAUUUUUAUAGAAGCUCUCCGAAAGGUAGAGAAAAUUCCACCUAAUAUGUACAAGACUUACGAAAGUGAUUGUAAGAGGGAAGCAACAAACUUGUUACAAGGUGUUUUUAUGGAGAUAGAUGACGAUGAAGAUGAUGAUGUAGAAAUGACAAUGACAAAAAUGGAACAGUUUGAUCACAGGUUAAAACAGAUGAUAGAUAAAAUUAUCAAUAAACAAUGGCAGAAACAUUUGCCAGAAAUGAUAUCUGUACUUAAAGAAAAGAUAAAUGUGCUACUUACUAAUCCUGAGGAACCAAUUUGUAACAGAAAUUUACUUUCAUUAAACCUGAACACUAAACUAAGCCCACUUCAUUUUAAGAUAGUAAAUGGUAUACUUAAUCUGUUCUGUAAAGUCAGUGAAGCAUGUUUGGUUGUGGAUCAACCAGACCUGUUCUGGGCAGUUCAAUUAGUGGAUAUGUUGGGAGAAUUUACAACUCUUCAUCAAACUUUGUUUAUAGUAAUAAUAAGACUAGUAACAUAUCAGAUCAAUAAUAUGGAAUCUCAUCACAUAGCUGGCCUAUCAACACUGCUGACUUUCAUUUCAAUGAAAAGCCAAAUUUUUGGUUUGGUAGAAUUUUUGCAUUGUAUAAGCAGUAACUGCAAAGAAAAACAGUAUUUCACAGAAAAAAUAUGGACCUGUCUUCCUCUUCAGACAGCAGAGCAGAUGAUAUUUGGUCUAAGGUUAAUGUCAUCUUAUUUAUUCUGUGUGUUUAAUGUUGUGGAUAACUCUUGUUUGUUAGAGGAGGAUUACAACAGAAUAUUUCCAAAUAUUCUAAUCCAAAAGUUUAUGUUUCUUUGUCAAAGAUUGAUACCAGAAAUAAAGCAAAGACCAUUACAGCAGAUGGCGUCUGGUGAAUUACUGACAGCAUUGUACAUUUAUAGAUCGAAACAGUUCAAGGAGAUAAAACAUAAUAUGCAGUUAACCUUUGAAGUCUGGUUGAAUAUGGAGUUGGCAGUUUGUCCUAAUCAAGAUAUGUUAUCAGAUUUUGAAAGACAGGAAUAUCUACAUGACUGUAUAUACAAACAUUACAUGGUAACAACAAAGGAAAAUGGUGGCUGUAACUAUGACUACAGAUAUACCUGUUCCAUCAUAUUGGAGUCUGUAAUCAAUUCAGAUAUGAGAUCCUAUAGUAAAAAUGACAUGUACUGUCCUUUAUGUUUAAAAAGAAGUAAGAUGACAAACAGUAAAGUGAUCAUUAUACAGUAUCUUCAGGAAUUAUGCUGGUUAUUACCUUCUUAUAAUGAUUCAGCUGAAGAUAGGAUACCUUGGUUAAUUUCUCAACUAAAAUUGUUAGCCCAGAACCACAGUAGUUCCUGGAAAUUAGAGGCUGUUGUUAAAACUUUUUUCAGGACAGUUUGUUGUCUUCCAAGACAUCUUUUUUACACUGACAGUAUUACAGACCCUGUGAUUGAUGAAGAUUUAGUUCUUUCAACAAUAAAUGGUGAAAUGAGAGAAGGUUUAGAAGAUGGCUGUGUCUUUCCUAGAAAUGUGUUUUCCUAUCUGAUGCAGGGUAUGAUCCAGGUUAAACAGGCUAUUGAUAUUGAUAAAAUAUUUACUACUUGUCCCAUUAUGAUGACUUCUUUGUUGGUUUAUCUUCCAACAACUAAAUAUCUGAUAGAACAAGUAACUUUCAGUAACAGCAAUCUGGUGUCUGUAGUUAGCUGGUUGAAAAGGGCAUUGGAAGGCCAUUUCCCUAAUUUUGAUGAUCGUCCUUCAUGGAUGUAUGCAGUAGCUAUGUUGUCACUUUGUAUCAACAGGGACCAAGUUGAAGAUAUGAUUUCAAAAUUCUUGUCACAGAAAACAAGCAAAAACAGCUCAAUUUUGAAGGAAUUUGUUGUGAUAUUGACUGCACACACAGCAUAUCAGGAUUUGGAUGAUCCAAGAUACAACAAAGUUUUAGAUGUUAUUCAAAAUUCUUCUCCAGAAAUAAUACUUACUCUUCCUAGUGAGAGCAUAAUAAAACAGAUGUGUUCAUCUUCUACACAGUCAAUAAUACCCUAUAGACUGCUCAUGUACAUUUCUAGAGGACCUUAUAAUCACUUUGAAUCAAUUCCAGACUUCUUAGGAAAAGUUUUAAGUCUGUAUAGCAUGGUUGUUAAUUUGUGUGAUGAGGAAAACAGUAGCUGUGGUCCAAGUAUUCAGUCAGAAUUAGAAUUAUCAAGAUUUGUACAGAAAUGUAUUGCUAGAUCACCUGAUUAUGUUCUUAAAGAUUUAGACAAGGACUUAGUGAAGGAAUGUGGAAUGGAAAUUACAUUAGCUGUUCAAGAAAGACUCAAAUAAGAUCAUGAUAUCUUUAUAAUAAAUUGAGAAAUGAAAUCAUA